AUGAAAAGUGAUACGGUGAGAGGAGUGAUACCAACGAUGAUCUACCAUUUCUUAAAUGAACCAGAGGGUUUGAAGAAACUCAAAGAUGAGCUUACUUCGAUUGAUAUUCGUAACUACAAUGAUUUACAACAGCUGCCAUAUCUCAGCACGUGCAUUUAUGAAAUGCUCCGACUGCAUCCUCCUGUCCCCUCAACGGCUCUUCGACUUGCCCCACCUGGAGGCCUUGUGGUUGCUGGGAAAUUUAUUCCGGAGGGCACCACAAUUGCAACGCUGCAGUACAGUCUAUUCCAAGACCUUAAUUCGUUCUUGAUAAAGGUACAUUUGUGCCCUGGACUACUGGUAUGUGAUAUUUGCUUAUCUCGUCAAGGUUCCUUUUCUAAAUAUGGUCUAGGUCGAUUCUCAUGUCUAGGGAAAAGUAUGAGCUUGAUGGAACUCCGUGUUGCAAUUGCCUUGAUACUUACUAAUUUUAACAUUGACUUUACUCCUGGGGAAUAUGGCUCGCGGAUGAUUGCUGAGAUAAGUGACUGUUUCACCACUGCAGUCGGGCCAAUGCAAGUGGUCAUGAAAGCGCGGACCACGGAGUAG